AUGUGCCAAGAUGCAUCAAGAGGUGAAGUAGCACAGAGUUCUGAAUCAGACUUAGAUGAUAGCUUUUUGAGAGAUAUAUCUUCGAACAAUUUUAAAGCACUUUCUCAUAAUUCUUCGUUGGCUGAAAAACUACGUUUUAUGUCAAAUCAUCCUAUACAGCCACAGUAUGAUCAACUACCAUUUAACGCAUAUAAAAUAUAUUUUCGUCCAUUAUCUAAUACUGAUAACACUCGUGUUCAAGUAAGCGCUAAAAAUAUUUAUAAACAAAUUAAAGUACAUGAAAAUUCUAAAACACACGAUGAAGCUGUUUACGCUUAUAUGCAAGCAAAAAAAGUUAAAGACGUUUCGUCUCUUAUUGAUAUAAAUCAACGAAAUAGUCGAGUAAUUCAAGUUCAAGAACAUAGACUUUUCCUAUCAAGAAUAAUUGAAGGAGUUAUUUAUAUUGGCAGACAAGGAAUUGCUUAUAGAGCUCAUAAAGAAGAACAAGCAUAUACACUAGACAAUAGAAGUAUGAACCAUGGAAACUUUUUGGAGUUAUUGAUGUGUUGGUCAAAAUUUGACCCGAUUCUUGAAAAAUAUCUAAAUAUUGCGAUUGAAAAAAGUAAAAUCCGUUCAAAUUUAAGUGGAGGACGUGGACGUGGAUCACUUUGGAUACAAGAGGAAAUUGGAAAAGAAGUAAAAAAAGCAAAUUUUUUUAGUUUACUCAUAGAUUCCACCCAGGAUGUAAGUGUAACCGAUCAAUUGGCUGUAUGUGUCCGUUAUGUGAUUCAAACUGAAGUAAAAGAACGAUUAAUUAAAUUUUUACCAGUACAAUCAUCAAAAGCAAUCGAUUUAUAUAACUUAAUUAAAAAUGUUUUGGAAGACAUCGGGUUACCUCUGUCUAAUAUUGUAAGUCAGGCGUACGAUGGCGCCGCGAAUUUAAGUGGUAUUCACAAUGGUUUACAAGCUCUCAUUAAAAAAGAUGCACCUCAAUCUAUUCACACACAUUGCUUUAGUCAUCUUUUAAAUCUUACACUUACACAAGCUUCUGAUUCGUGUUCAGAAGCUAUAAAUCUUUUUGGAUUAUUGGAUCGUUUGGCUAUAUUUUUUAGUCAAUCAUAUAAAAGAAUGGGAAUGUGGAAACAAAAUGUUAUUGAAAAUUCUGUUGGAAGUGAAAAAAUGUUACGCCUUCAAAAAAUAGGACAAACUAGGUGGUGGAGCAGAGAUGUUGCGUUAAAUAAUGUAUUUGAUCCAUUAUUCACACCAACUAAAGAAAAACAUAGAUUUAUAACAGUAAAAGAUGGUAAAGAUUUUGAUCUUGGUGCAAAAUCGGAAGCUCUGAAUAUUAUAAACAACUUACUGAAAAAGCGUUUUAAAAAGAAAAUGUCAGGUGAAUUGACAGCAGACGAAAGACUAGUUGAUGAAAAGAAAUUGUUUGAAGUUGAAGUUUAUAAAGUUGUUUAUAACAAUGCACUUGCUAAAUUAAGCAAUAGGUAUAUGAUCAAUGAGGAUCUAAUUCAAGAUGCUGCAUUUUUUGAUCCAAGAACAUUUUCAAAAUUAAAAACUCCCGGAUUCAUGUUUCCAGAAGGAUCAUUGUCCAAAAUCGCAUCCAUGGCCAAGGUCGAUGUUUUAGAUAUUCAACGUCAGUUGAUAGAAUUUGCUCAAAAUUACGAGGCCAUAGCAAAUAUAGAUGCUAGUAUUCUGUAUGAAGAUUGUAACAGUGAAUUUUUCGAAGAAGAAAAUGAAAACCACACAGAUAUAGAAGAUGACUUAAAAUGUGCAUUAUCCGAAAAAAAUCGUUGUAAAUCGUGUAUUUCAUGUGCAUUCCUUUAUGUAUACACAUUAGUGACUCAUACACCAAAUUACAAUGAUUUAUAUACGGCAUAUAAGGUAAUAUUAAGUUUAGCUUUUACUCAAGUAAGUUGUGAAAGGAGUUUUUCAAUACUUAAAACUAUAAAAACUAGACUUAGGUCAACUCUUUCUAACGACAAAUUAGAAGCAUUCAUGUUUAUGAACCUUGAACGUGGCAUGAUUGUACCUCAUGAUAUAAUAAUUGAUCGAUUAGGUGCCACUUCUAAUGAAAUGAAAAGGAUGCUUAUUGGAUGGCCCGAAGUAUUAAAAUCGCUGACUGGCCUGUCGCCUACCCAGUCCGCCCCUGCCCCAUCAUACUCGUAA